AUGGAUCAAAUAUUUGCACCAGAAUAUUUAGAUGCGAUUUUUAGAUUUCUUCCGACCAAUAAAGAUUUACAUUUUUGUCUCUUGAUUCCAUCUCCCAAAGUGAUCCGGACCUAUCUCGCAUUUAUACCAGGUGGUACUUUUCGCAAAUUGGGAUAUAUUGGAAGAAUUGGAUUCACGAUUAAAAGACCUCUUUUUAACUAUCAAUUAUUUCUUAAAGAGCUCUCAUAUGACCAAUUCAUUGAUGAGGCUAUAGAAAAUAAAUGCUGUAAAGGUAUUAUAAUUAAACUAUUUAGAAUACUUGCUGUGAGGAAUGUAAGAUUUCGCCGAUUUGUUGUCUAUAGCUGUCUUGAUCAUCAUCUUUCUAAUGAGCUAGAAAAUAUAGAAACUUUGGUACUUCCUCAUUUCUCUGAAUUCAUUUCUAAAUUUAGAAUAGCUUUAGCCACUCUCAUCCGUUCUCAAAAACAUUUAAAAAGGUUUUCUCUGAUUAACAGUAAUGAAUUUGCAUCAUUUCCUGUUCAAGCUCUUGCGAAUCAAGAAUAUUCACUUAGCUGGCUCAACUCUUCUGUAUUUCUUCCUUUUGCCACUGCUUUUUCAAAUUUAACAUAUUUGGAAUAUUCUUACGGUGCUUAUGACAUUUAUGAUAGUACAACCCCUAUUAGAUUAUUAUCUGAUCUCAUUAUGACAAGUUGCAAUACACUUAAACGAAUUAUACUUGAUUGGAAUUCCCCUGAUGAUCUUGAUAUUACUCAGCUUGUCAAAAUUAUUGCACAGUACGUGAUAAACCUCGAAAGUUUAAAAAUUCCACUCUAUACAUUAGAACAGCUUGCUCAAAUUCACAGAAAUCAUAAUCAAUUAAGAAAACUUGAAGUUAGUGUGGGUAGGAGAAUAAAUCCACUUUGCGCUCUUUCUCUUUUUGCAAAUAUUCCACUCAAAAGUCCUGAAUAUUCAAUUCCAUU